AUGGCGUUACAGUGGCAUUCCACGUACAGAGUGAGGGCACACAUAUACGAGGUGUAUGGACAUAAUUUUGAUGUUAGGAUUAUCCUGGCUUCAUCAAUAAACUGGAAAUCGAAAAGGUGGGGUGGAAAACCAGACCGGAGGCCUCCAAGUGUUGAUCUACAACAGCAAAUUAUGACCAUUGUAGAUGAACUGGGCAAGGCUUCUGCCAAGGCCCAGCAUCUUCCUGCUCCCAUCACCAGUGCAUCAAGGAUGCAGAGUAAUCGCCAUGUUAUGUAUGUGCUCAAAGACACUUUGGCACGACCGGCUGGCAAAGGAGCCAUAAUCGGCUUCCUUAAAGUUGGAUACAAGAAACUCUUUGUACUGGAUGAUCGCGAGGCUCACAAUGAGGUAGAACCACUUUGCAUUCUGGACUUUUACAUCCAUGAAUCACUUCAGCGUCAUGGCCAUGGGCGAGAACUCUUCCACUAUAUGUUGCAGAAGGAGCGAGUUGAACCACACCAACUGGCCAUUGACCGACCCUCACAGAAGCUGCUUAAGUUCCUGAAUAAACAUUACAACCUGGAGACCACAGUCCCACAGGUCAACAACUUUGUGAUCUUCGAAGGCUUCUUUGCCCAUCAGCAUCGGCCCCCUGCUCCCUCCCUGAGGGCAUCUCGACACUCUCGUGCUGCUGUGGUUGAUCCUACACCUGCUCCAGCAAGAAAGCUGCCACCCAAGAGAGCAGAGGGAGACAUUAAGCCAUAUUCCUCUAGUGACCGAGAAUUUCUGAAGGUAGCUGUGGAGCCUCCUUGGCCCCUGAACAGAGCCCCGCCUCCAGCCCACCCACCCCCUCGCUCCAGCAGCCUGGGAAGCUCCCCAGAGCGGGGUCCCCUCCGCCCCUUUGUGCCAGAGCAGGACUUGCUGCGUUCCCUGCGCCUCUGCCCCCCACACCCUACUGCUCGCCUUCUGCUUGCUACUGAUCCUGGGGGCAGCCCAGCCCAACGUCGCCGCACCAGGGGGGCUCCCCCAGGGCUGGUAGCCCAAAGCUGCUGCUACAGCCGCCAUGGGGGGCUGAGUUCCUCAUCCCCCAAUACAGGCCACCAGGAAUCGAAGCAGGGGGAACAGGAAACAGAGAAUAGGUCUGCCGGCCAGGAGCAGGGCUUGUCCCAGGCUGGGUCUGGGGAGGAAGCCACGCACACUGUUCCCCGAGAGACCCAGUCCUGGACAAUGGGUGGGGACAUACUCAACGCCAGGUUCAUUCGAAACUUGCAGGACCGCCGCAGCACCAGGCCUUGGUGACCACAGCCCGCCCCCCCCCCCACCCC